UGAUAAUUUUGAUACGAUAUCAAACAAAAAAUGUUGAUGCUGAUGCCAAGUUUGAGAAAAUCCUCUCUCGAAAAUUAUGACUGUGCGCGAUAUUUUCCAAAGUUACAAUAUCAUCCCGUUCAGUAUUCGCGUAUAUUAUACGAAUGAUUAAAGCGAACUCAUCUCUGAAACAAAAUUACAAAAAGUCUAUGAGUUUGACGUAAGCGAAGAUUCAGCGCAAUUUACCUUGAAGUAAUGUUGCAAGUUGCCUGAAAAAGAGAAAACAACCUUACAUAUUAUGCUGAAAUGAAAACAUCAUUUUGAAUCCAACACUGCCAAUCGUUGUAAAGUAGUGGUAAAAAUUGUGAUCUUUCGCGUGUUAGGCUUAUACCGUCGGUAGUUCUCCAUGUCGAAUAGAAAACAGUGUUUCACUUUAUCGUUGCAGGUUUUCGUGAAAUUAAACAAAAAUGCAUUUCGGUGCUCUAACGAUAUACGUCACUCACCAAAACAUCUACAAGAGCAGACGACUCGAGGCAUAUUCACGUUCGGCAAUGGAAAAUCGCUCAACGCUAGAAGAGAAUAUAAGGCUACGAAAUUAGUCGGGUACUCUUCCGAACAAAUGUACUCCAUCGUAUCAGACGUCGGUAGUUAUAAAAAUUUUCUUCCGUUCUGUAAAAAAUCAGAUGUGAUAGAGAGAAAAGAAAAUUUCCUCAAGGGUAAUUUAGAAAUCGGAUUUCCACCUUUGAUAGAAUCUUACACGUCUCACGUUACGUUGAAACAGAAUGAGUUCGUGCAAGCAGUAUGUAAAGACAGCAGAUUAUUCGAUCAUCUCAUCACUGUGUGGCACUUCGCUCCUGGAAUCAAAGAAGUACCCAAUACAUCAGUCGUCACGUUUUAUUUAUCGUUUCAAUUUAAAUCGUUAAUUUAUUCUCAAAUGGCUAACGUAAUUUUUAACGAAUUGGUACAUAAGAUGGAGAAUGCGUUUUUGAAAGAAGCUCGUAAACGAUAUGGUACAGCAACGGUUGCAACUCAAACUUUAACCGCUACGAAUACCUAGAAUUUCGUUGUACAUACUUUUAAUCGCUUAUUUAUUCAGUUACCAAAGUAUUAUUAUGUAUGUUUGCUCUCCUAUCGAUCCGAAUUCGAAAAUUGUUAUUUUACCUGAAAAUAAAGCGUUGCUUCGUU